CGACUGGGUACCGUCAACAUGUCCAAGCCUCCGGCCAAGCAGGCCAAGCCCGAGGCGACAACUGACGACUAUGGCCGUCGCAAGUGGGAUAAGGAGGCGUUCUCGCGGGCGGCACGCGAGCGUCUGGAGAUGGAAGAAAUGGAGCUAGAGCGUCAGCAAGGUCGACAAAAUACCAAACCUGUGAUGCGACCUGCAUUGCAGGCACGCCAGCAUGAGGUGGAUCUUGGCUCCAAGCUCCACACCUCCCGCGUUGUCGACAGCAUCCGAUCGAAAGGUGCGGGAUACUUUUGCGAAGUCUGCGACGUGUUGUGCAAGGACUCGAACAAUUACCUUGACCACAUCAACAGCAAAAAACAUCUCGACUGCGGCACGGGCCGCCGUUGUCCACAGGUGGAUCAGGAAAAGCAAGCCAAGGUAGAUUACAACAUUGACAAAGCCAUGGCACUAAUGCAGGACGAGGAUGAGCGACGCAAGCGGGAGAAACGGCAACGCAAGAAAGAGGCCAAGCGCCAACGUGCCGAGGUUGCCCCUGAAGAUGACGACGUCGAUGCAGAAGAAAUUGACCCAGCCCUAGCUGCUAUGAUGGGAUUCCAAGGUUUUGGCAAGUAACACUACUAGUUCAUCCCGAGUCACGGCAGGCAGCAUGUAAAUGCUUUGUACACAAAUCAACACACCGAUUCCGUUCACGAGCUUUCUGCAAUUUCCUUUUUUCUUGUUUCUUUCUGUAAGCGACCAUGCCAGCGCAUCGACGCAGAAAUGCGCGAGCGCGCGCGCACGCGAGAAUGCACGGGACCUUUGUGAUCAAAACCGGCGGCUCGGCCAUUGACCGAGUUCUGCACGAGUGGCCCGCUGUGUUUUGCUCAACUUGACUAAUCAACAAUCGAGUACACGACAAU